AUGGCCUCUCCAGAACACUUGACCACUGUCAUUGACGGCAGGAAAUAUCGAAAUGUUCGAGAAGGUCGAGCAUCAAUUCUUGCUCCGUAUGGCCAAGAAAAGCCAUCAUCGACCGGGAAACAAGUCCGAAACAACGACGAGGGAAGCCAAGCCGUUUUUUACAAUCCAAUCCAACAGUUCAAUCGGGAUCUGACCGUACUCGCAAUCACAAUCUACGGUGAAGGAGCCGUCCUUGAGAAGGAGGAGCGGUUCCGCCAGAAGGCCCAGCAUGGAAAGACCAAGAAGCAGAACAAAAAUGAAAGGACCGCAGCCAAUGGAGGCAUGAUUGAACCUGACAGUGCAUCGGAAAAGAUCAACCCGCUCAAGCGUAAUGCUGAUCACUUGGAAGAACUUGGCGCAAACGAGAACCCGGCUGAGCCCCCCAAGAAAUCGAAAACAGGUGAUGAGUUCGAAGACGCGGAUGAAGAAUUGCUCGUGAUGGAACUGAGCGCUGAUCCUGCUACUGGUCAAAAAGGCGGAGGCGAUGAAAGCAAGAGCAACGGUGUGACUGGUAGCAAGACGCAAGAAGGCAAGGCGACAGAGACGGCAAAAUCUGUGCAGAAACAACUGCCCUUCGCCAUCCUAGAUGCACUCUCUGCAACUGGUCUUCGUGCGCUGCGAUAUGCCAAAGAGAUACCCUUUGCUACACACAUUGUGGCCAACGACCUUUCCUCCGAAUCUGUGCAGAACAUUGAACUCAACAUCCAACACAACGAGGUCAAGGACCGAGUGCACUCCAAUCUGGGCGACGCCAGAGGUUUCAUGUACAGCAAAGUUGGAAACCAGAGGCCACGACAAGGCCCUGGAUACGUCCAUCGGUUUGAUGUCGUUGACCUCGACCCUUAUGGCACAGCUGCUCCCUUCUUCGACGCCAGCCUGCAGGCCCUUCAAGACGGGGGACUGUUGUGCGUCACUUGCACAGACGCAGGCGUGUUUGCCUCUACCGGCUAUCCCGAAAAGACCUACGCUCUGUACGGAGGCAUGCCCGUCAAAGGCCCGCAUUCACAUGAGGGUGGACUGAGACUGAUUCUCAACGCGGUGGCUCUCGCUGCAGCAAAGUACAGCCUCGCCAUCGAACCCCUUCUCUCACUCUACAUCGACUAUUAUGCGCGACUGUUCAUUCGAGUGCAUCGCAAACAACAAGACGUCAAACUGCUGGCCGGUACAACCAUGACUGUUUACAACUGCGGGCACGGGUGCGGAUCGUGGACCACGCAACCCCUGCUACGGAACCAGGCACAAGUCUCUCGGAGCGGCGAGACGUUCUUCAAGUUUGCCUUCGCCCAAGCACCGCUGACGACUCCCAAUUGCGAACAUUGUGGAUCGAAGCAGCACCUUUGCGGCCCUAUGUGGGCUGGCCCUCUGCAUAACCCAUACUUCGUACAGAAGAUGUUGGACAGGGUGCCAUCUCUGGACAAAGAGACUUACGGCACGGCAGAUCGGAUUCAAGGAAUGCUCACACUCGCUCUUGAGGAGGACCUGACCCUUCAAAACUGGCCAUCGGGGCCCUCGACACCAUCAGAGGCCAAGGACCAGAUCCUCUCCGGCCCAGAUCCCCGAAUCAUCCCACGCCUCCCGGCCAAGACGAUCGACAGCAGCCCAUUUUUCAUCAUGCCCACUCAAUUGGCCAAGGUCAUCCACUGUAGCACACCUUCGGAAGACAUGAUGCGUGGUGCGCUUCUCGGACUUGGCUACCGCGUCACCCGCUCGCAUUGUAAGCCAGGGAGCGUGAAGACGAAUGCACCUUGGAGCGUGCUUUGGGAGAUCAUCCGAGAAUUCAUGCGCACAAAAGCACCCAUCAAAGAGGGAGCAGUAAAGAAGGGCUCGGCUGGAUGGAACAUUCUCGCACGGGUCAGAGGCACCGAGAGAGCGCAGGUGUCGGAGCUCAAGGAUGGCGCAAGAGACCAGCUUGCGAGAUGUGAGACCAAGGAUGACCUGAAGACCGUGUUACAGGGUAUCAUGUGGAGACUGGAGAACGAGAAGCAGCCGUCUCAUGCCCAAGAAGACUCCUCCGCAGCGCAGCCGCCAACCACCAGCCAUGACAAUGAAUCGAACUCCGAACUUGAAGCUGAACCUGCUGUCGGCGAGAAACAACAAGCCCCAGCGCGUCCCCAGGCCCGUCGAUCACGGUCGCAAAGUCCUCCCGCCCCGGUGCCGAGCAAACUCAACAUCAUUUUCGACGAGAAGUUGGGCAAAGAGAAGCCUCGCGGGAAACUGGUCCGGUAUCAAAUAAACCCAAGAGAGAACUGGGGCCCCAUGAGCCGGGCUGGGCGGAGUGGCUGA